AUUUAAAUAGACACAAUCUAUGGUAACGAAGUCAGUGUCAAUUUGUCGUUUGAAACGUAACCAACACUAUGAACAAGUGGAUUCUGUUGUCGUUUAUCAUCGCAACUCUUGCGAUCAUUUCCAUGGAUGCCCUCUCGUUUGGUUCCAACUCGGGCGGUGUAUUAUCGGCAGGCACCGAUGCUGCUUUCGAGCAAGGGUCUAGAGGAUCUCCUUCUCAAGGAUCACCUUCUCAGGGAUCUCCUCCUCAAGGAUCUCGUCCUCAGGGAUCUCCUCCUCAAGGAUCUCGCCCACCAGGACCUCCACCAAAUGGAACUUAUCCCCGACCACCAUCUUCUUCCUCUGGUUAAAUGGCAGGACCUUUAAAAUCAAUUGAAUGGCUCUAAAGACAAUUAGUACACAAUUAAAAAUGUUCAGCAAGUGAAUUAGAUAUUUAUGCUUUUA